AUGCUAUCAUAUGGUUGUACAAGACUGGAAAUCGGAGUACAAAGCACAUAUGAGGAUGUUGCUCGUGACACCAAUAGGGGUCACACCGUAGCAGCUGUGGAAGAUUGCUUUUCUUUGGCAAAGGAUGCUGGUUUCAAGGAUAUACUUGUUGGGUUACUGCGUUUGCGGAAAUGUGGAAAGAAUGCGACUUGCCCAGAGCUUAUGGGGAAGUGUUCGAUUGUCCGUGAAUUGCAUGUUUAUGGGACUGCCGUUCCUGUUCAUGGACGAGAUGCUGAUAAACUGCAACAUCAAGGUUAUGGCACACUAUUAAUGGAGGAGGCAGAAGGAAUUGCUACGAGGGAGCACAGAUCGACAAAGAUAGCUGUGAUUUCUGUUGAAUAUUUGAAUAUUGAGUUUGAAAGAGAAGUUUAUUCACUGAAUUGUGUUUUGAGGAUACAAUGUAUAAUGGUAUUUAUAGGGCAAAAGAUAUCAAUGCAUCUAGGGACUAGACUAUUUGGAAUUCUACAUUAUAAAUGCUAUCUCCUCUUUCCAACAGAUUGA